AUGAGUAGAGCGUGGUCGUCAAAGGAAGAUGAAUUCCUUGUUAGACUUGGCAACGGAGAAAAUGGAAGAAGGAUGAGAGCAACCUAUUUGAAUCAUAAAACCGCAAAGCAAUGUGCUGAUAGGUUGAAAGACAUUCGGGGAUAUAUCGACAGACCAUUUACUCCUUUUGAGUAUAAUAUGAUUCGGCAGUUGUACCAGAAAUAUGGCCCUCGAUGGAGAAGAAUGUCCGCAGUUCUCCGCCGUCCUCCUCAAGCAAUAAUGGAGUGUUGGCUUUCUUUAAAAGCUAUGGAUGAUGAGAUACGCAAACAAAUGUCUGUCCAACGACUUCUUUCUUAA